AUGAUUUUUGCCGAUGACAUUGUGCUGAUAGCGAGAUCGACGGAGGAACUAAACCAGAGGCUAGAGAAAUGGAGAGAAGCCCUUGAAGACCAUGGUUUGUGCGUGAGCCGAGAGAAGACAGAAUACCUUAGAUGUGACUUCGAUAACCAGGAGAUAAGACAAAAUGGGGAUGAGGUUGUUAGCAUUGGGGGCCGCAUAUUGCGUCCGAAGGAGUCUUUUAGAUACCUGGGAUCAGUGAUACACAAAUCGGGUGUGAUAGACGAAGACGUGAUACAUCGAAUCCAAGCCGGAUGGAUGAAGUGGAGAGCAGCUAUGGGAGUCAUGUGCGACAAGAGGAUCCCGCUAAAGCUGAAAGGGAAGUUCUAUAGAGUGGAUAUUAGACCGGCUAUGCUAUACGGGUCAGAAUGUUGGGCGAUGACGAAAGCCCAAGCGGCUCGAGUAGAGGUGGCUGAGAUGAGGAUGUUAAGGUGGACUUGCGGGAAGACCUUACCAGACAGGAUCCCGACGGGAGUUUUUAGAGCAGAACUUGAAGUAGGCACCAUCAUUAACAAGCUAAGGGAAGAGCGCUUGAGAUGGUUUGGCCAUGUUAGGAGAAGGGAUGAAACUGCACCACUAAGGAGAGCGGAGUCUAUUAACGUGGACGGAAGAGUGGUAGGUAGAUGGAGGUGGAAGUACGGAAUUCUGAAUGCGUUAGAGGAGCUUCCAGGUAGAGGUAGUGGAAUGCGAGGGUAA